AUGCAAGAUAUUCCCGCCUCCAACAUCUAUCAAGUUUCAAUGGCGUACAAUUUCGCAUACGUAAGUGAACCACAAACCGGAGGUUGCUUAGGAAUGAAAGAACGUCGGUGUGCCUGGCAUCAUGGACGAGGACUCGGUGGUUCGACCCUGAUCAACAAUAUGAUUUAUACGCGAGGAAACUGGCGCGACUAUGACUCGUGGAAUGCUUCGGGAAACGUAGGCUGGAGUUACGAUGAGGUGCUUCCGUACUUUAUACGGGCGGAGAAGGAGAAUUUGCGUGACUUCGGGAACAAUGGUUUUCAUGGAAAAGAAGGAUACCUAUCGGUGGAAGAUAUUGCUUACCGAACUCCGCUGGCUUCGAAGUUUGUGAAAAGUGCACAGGAGAUUGGAAUGCCAUAUAUUGACUAUAACAGUGCAUUUGGGAGUGCUCAACUGUUGAUGUUAUCAGGUGUUGGUCCAAAAGAUCACCUAGCAGCUAUGGAAAUUGAUCUGAUUCAAAAUCUACCCGUUGGUGAAACAUUGUACGAGCAUCCUGGUGCGAUUGGUCCCGUUUUCACUAUCGGAAAACACAUUGACAAGCUGAUUAACUUCGACUAUGCUCUUACCGUGCCAACCGCCGUGCAGUACCUGUUUGGGAAGGGAUUCUUUACGUGUAGUCUUACAGAAUCUUUAGGGUAUUUGAAAAGUUCAGUUUCAACAAAUUCGGAUCCCGAUUGGCCCGACGUUGAGUUGAUUCAAAUCGCCGGGGAUAUAGGGGAUGACUCGUCUCCAGGUGCUCAGAACUAUUUCAGAAUAACAGAUGAGAUAAUGACCGCGUACUUCAAACCACUGUUCAAAGUACGUUCCUUUAUGUAUCUUCCGAUGUUGAUGCAUCCUUGGACGAAAGGCUCGGUGAAGCUACGAUCAACAAAUCCGUACGAACCGCUGCUUUUCAAUUAUAAAUACUUUGAAGAUGAACGCGAUUUACAAUCCUUGGUGGAAGGAAUCAAGAAAGCAAUCCAAAUCACCAGCCAGAAGCCAUUCGUAGAUAUCGAUGCAAAGUUGUAUGACGUCAAGGUUCCAGGUUGUGAAGCUUUCGAAUUCAAUAGUGACGAUUAUUGGAGAUGUCAUGUGAAGGUUCUAACAACUACCUACUACCAUUAUGUUGCAACGUGCAAAAUGGGUCCCGAGACAGAUCCAACCGCCGUCGUAGAUCCACGUCUCCGAGUGCAUGGAAUCAAGAAAUUACGAGUUGUUGAUGUAGGAAUAGUUCCAAAAGCACCCACAGCUCAUACAACAGCUAUUGCGUACAUGAUUGGAGAUAAAGGCUCUGAUAUGAUCAAGGAAGAUAAUAAUUUGUAA